AUGCGGUACUGCCUCGGAGACCCCUCUGAUCACGGUGCCAUCUGGGCCGCCCUCGCCUUCAUGCCAUUCGGGCUAUUUUUCGAUUUUAUGGACGGCAAGAUCGCUCGGUGGAGGAAGAAGUCCUCUCUUAUGGGACAAGAACUCGACUCUCUGGCAGAUUUGAUCUCCUUCGGCAUGGCGCCCGCCGCGGCCGCAUUCGCGCUCGGAGCUCGCACGUCUUUGGACCAUCUCCUGCUUGCCUUCUUUGUCCUCUGCGGUCUGACCCGGCUGGCACGAUUCAACGUGACGGUCGCCGUCUUGCCCAAGGACAAGUCCGGCAAAUCGAAGUAUUUCGAAGGCACGCCCAUCCCCACCACACUAUCUAUCGCUUCCUUGAUGGCGUACUGGGUCUCGAAGGGGUGGAUCCAGGAGGACCUGCCGCUGGGUCUUGUCGCGCAGGGCACGAUCUUUGAAUUCCAUCCCGUGGUGCUCCUUUUCGUCCUGCACGGCUGCCUGAUGGUCAGCAAGUCCAUACAUAUCCCUAAGCCCUGA